AUGGGCUGCUGUGGCUGUUCUGGAGGCUGUGGCUCCGGCUGUGGGGGCUGUGGCUCCGGCUGUGGGGGCUGUGGCUCCGGCUGUUGUGUGCCCGUCUGCUGCUGCAAGCCCGUGUGCUGCUGUGUGCCUGUCUGCUCCUGCUCCGGCAGUGGCAAAGGGGGCUGUGGCUCUUGUGGGGGCUCCAAGGGGGGCUGUGGCUCUUGUGGAGGCUGCCAGUCCAGAUGCUGCCAGCCCGUGUGCUGCUGUGUGCCAGCCUGUUCCUGCUCCGGCGGUGGCAAAGGGGGCUGUGGCAGCUCUGGGGGCUGCAAGGGGGGCUGUGGCUCCUGUCAGUCCAGCUGCUGCCAGUCCAGCUGCUGCCAGCCCGUGUGCUGCUGUGUGCCUGUCUGUUCCUGCAAAGGGGGCUGUGGCUCCUGUGGGGGCUGCCAGUUCAGCUGUUGCACACCCAGCUGCUCUCAGUCCUGCUGCUGCCAGUCCAGCAAAGGGGGCUGUGGCUGUUCUGGGGGCUGCAAGGCGGGCUGUGGCUCUUGUGGGGGCUGCCAGUCCAGCUGCUGCCAGCCCGUGUGCUGCUGUGUGCCGGCCUGUUCCUGUUCCAGCGGUGGCUCCAGUGGGGGCUGCGAUGGCGGCUGUGGCUGCUGCCAGCCCAGCUGCUGCAAACCCUGCUGCUGUGUCCCUGUUUGCUGCCAGUGA